GUUUAUUUUUUUAUUAUUUUGAGUUGCUUAUAAAAGGCAUGGUAUUUAAGAAAAAAAGAAGAAGUGAAAGAAAGGCACAUAAAAACCCUAAACCCCAAAACUAACGAUAUCUUCUUCUUCCUCCUUUACCACUUUAUCAGUCAUGGCAGGUUUAGCACCAGAAGGCUCUCAAUUUGAUGCUCGUCAGUAUGAUUCCAAGAUGAGUGAAUUACUGGAAAGUGAUGGAAAAGAUUUCUUUACAUCAUAUGAUGAGGUUCAUGAAAGUUUUGAUGAUAUGGGUUUGCAAGAAAAUCUUCUAAGAGGCAUUUAUGCAUAUGGUUUUGAGAAGCCAUCUGCAAUUCAGCAGAGAGGGAUUGUCCCCUUUUGUAAAGGACUUGAUGUGAUUCAACAAGCACAGUCUGGAACUGGAAAGACUGCUACUUUCUGCUCUGGAAUUCUGCAGCAGCUUGACUAUGGCUUACUUGAUUGCCAGGCUUUGGUUCUUGCACCCACUCGAGAACUUGCCCAACAGAUCGAGAAGGUUAUGAGGGCUCUUGGUGAUUAUCUCGGUGUGAAGGUUCAUGCAUGUGUUGGUGGUACCAGUGUCCGUGAAGAUCAACGUAUUCUUUCCAGUGGAGUGCAUGUUGUUGUUGGUACCCCUGGUCGUGUGUUUGACAUGCUUCGGAGACAAUCCCUGCGUCCUGAUAACAUCAAAAUGUUUGUUUUGGAUGAAGCUGAUGAAAUGCUUUCUAGGGGUUUCAAGGAUCAGAUUUAUGACAUUUUUCAAUUGCUACCGCCAAAGAUUCAGGUCGGUGUGUUCUCUGCUACAAUGCCACCUGAGGCUCUUGAGAUCACCAGGAAGUUCAUGAACAAACCUGUGAGAAUCUUGGUGAAACGUGAUGAGCUCACCCUCGAGGGUAUCAAACAAUUUCACGUCAACGUGGAGAAAGAGGAGUGGAAGCUCGAGACACUUUGUGAUCUUUACGAAACAUUGGCAAUCACCCAGAGUGUUAUCUUUGUUAACACAAGGCGAAAGGUCGAUUGGCUCACAGACAAGAUGCGCAGCAGAGAUCACACAGUUUCCGCUACCCACGGAGACAUGGACCAGAACACUAGGGACAUCAUCAUGAGGGAAUUCCGAUCAGGUUCCUCUAGAGUCCUCAUCACCACCGAUCUCUUAGCUCGUGGUAUUGAUGUGCAACAGGUUUCUCUUGUUAUAAACUUUGAUCUUCCAACACAGCCCGAAAACUACCUCCAUCGUAUCGGUCGUAGUGGACGAUUUGGGAGAAAGGGUGUUGCCAUUAACUUUGUGACCAAAGACGAUGAAAGAAUGCUGUUUGAUAUUCAGAAGUUUUACAAUGUGGUUGUCGAAGAGCUGCCUGCAAAUGUUGCUGAUCUCCUUUAAAUGGAAGCCUUAAUUAUUAUUAGUAUUAUUAUUAUUUUUAUCUUCCUCUUCUUGUAGGUGAAGAAGGGUGUUUUUUAGAAUGGAUCAAACUUGGCCCCCCAAAUUAUUAUGAGAUAUGUUCCAAUUUACUGUUUUUGGGUGUAGAAGUAAAACCAUUAUUAGAAAUUUUCUUUCAUGUUUAUUUUUUUGGGGGGUAUUUUUUAUUUUUUUUUUAGUUUCAAAGACAAAUUUGCAGAAGUGAUUGUUGACAAAAGCCGACAUGAGAUUGCUAUUGUGACACUGAAGAAAAAAUAUGUAAAAUUCAUUGUCUUAAUUAGUUAACAUUCCUCCAAGAUUUUAGUAUGAUUAUUAUGGUGUGUUUGGAAAA